AUGUCUCGUCCCUCCGACAUCCCCCACCGCCAAAUCCGCGCCCUCCAAGACAAGGACCACAUCACCGUCUACCAAGCCUACAAACCCUCCAUCGCCUCCGCCGCAGUAAAACACCAAAAGCUCAAUGCCUCCAAAGACUUCAACCCCAGCCGCAUGACCUGGAUCAAGCCCAGCUGGUGCUGGAUGAUGUACCGCAGCGGCUACUCUUACAAGGAUGACAACCAAAGCCACAUCCUCGCCUUGAAGAUGAAAAAGGAGCACUUCCUGGAUCUGCUGAGACAAGGCGUCUUGUCAACGCAUCCGUCGGAACAUGCGCGCGUCGACAAAGAGAGCACCAACAAGACGGCGCAUGAAAGGCCCUCGGACGUGAGGAUCCAGUGGGAUCCGGAGCGGAAUGCGAGGUUGGAGGCUUUGCCGUAUCGGAGCAUUCAGAUUGGCAUACCCCCGAGUUUGAGCACGAACUGGGCGGACGAGUGGAUUGUUGGAAUUGAGGACGUUACGGAGAGGGCGAGGGCGCUGAAGAAGGUGCUGGAGGAGGAGCCGGACGUUGGGGAGGAUGAGUUGGUGAUGAGGGGGCUUGUACCUGAGGAGACGCCGGUGGAUGUGCCGGAUGAUAUCUUGACGAGGUUGGAGAUGACUGUCUUGGGGGUUGAAGAGCUAUAG